AGAGCACUGCUUUUGCCUGAAAAUGUACAUAGCUUGAAAAAUCCCCAUUGUUGCUCUAUCCCAGAAAAUGAUUCAUCCUCCCCACGGGGCUUUGCCUUGCCUCCGCACAUUUCGCAAGGCUCCUGGCUUUAUAACAGCGUGGCGCACGUGGUGAUUCCUGGCAGAUUCCUCAGCUGGCUUGAGAGUGAGGAGGCAGCAGCUAAUCCUCCUAACGAUGAUUUUCCUCUUGCAGCAUUUCUUCCUGCUGGCCACAGACUUGGUGCUCGCCAUGACCCUCUCCUGCCUCUUUUAUGCCUUUGCGUGCAUUUCCAUCGCGUUUCUGACCUGCUGCAUUAUCGUUUUCUCCUUUGGCACGGCGGAGAGGAAUGUUGAUGUGAAAAGGAGAGCAAUUGUAAUUCUUGUGUCCAACAGCUCCAUUGGGAGGAUGUUUGCAAGGAACCUGGAUAAAGCAGGUUUCGGGGUGUCUGCUGCACAGUGGUCUGCUCAAGAGGAGAGGACAGUGACAGAAGAGUGCUCAUCGAACAAGGAGGUAGCCCAGCUCCACCUGACUGAAGAUGAGUAUGAGAAGACAGUGAAAACCUUCAUAGAAAGCCACUUAUCCCUGAAAGGCAUGUACGGGAAGAUGAGGAAGCCGUCGAUCCUGAUAUGGGAUGAAGGGGCACCAGACACACACAGGUUGCCUGAGACAAAAAUCUCCUGUGAGGGGAAGAAGGCUCUCAAGGCUCCACCCAAGAACUGCUUAUUGCAGACAGCUCUCUGCCUCUCAGUCCUCUUUCACCCACUCACCUGUGUCCUGAGUCUCCUGAAGAGAAGCCCACAACUGCUUGCGCCUCUGCUGAAGUCCCAAAACUGAGAGGUGAGGCAGCACCCUCACAGUUCAGUUACCUGCCAGAGCCAGGAAGGAGACCCAAGGAGCUCUACACAUAAGCACUGUCACACCACAAUGGAAAAAAGGAGCAUAGCUGGGAUCAGAAGUGACCAACUCCUGGCAGCAGGGGAUUACGAGCGGUGACUUCAACUGCAAGAUAACAAAAGUCCUUGGAUGAAGACAGAAAACACUUUCAGAACCAUGACACAGGUCUGCAAGUCCCUUGCAAGUCUAAUCUGUAAGGAAGAGAACACCAAGACAUUGAAAUUUUGGGUUGUUCAUUACAAUGCUCUACUGUGCACAUAGGGAUAUGCACAGAGGAAAAAACAUCUGAGGUGAGAAGAAAUAAAGGAAGAACUCUGUUGGGAAGCAAAACACUAGGGCUUGGUUUCCAUUAUCUAAAGCCACAACUCAAAACUGCCGGACUGAUGAUAAGAGAUGUCACUCUCCCAGGGAGCUGGAUCCAGGGAGGAAAAGGAAAGCUUUCAAAACAGCUUCUGUAAGACAUUAAACCAGCUUAAUAUCAAAUCUGAGUGAAAACAAACAUUUUAAUUCUCUAACAUCAAAGCACUGAGAGAGAACAUGCUAAAGCAGAAAAAUCCUGAAUUAAAAGCUUGAGGGUUUAAUCUUUACACAUUUGGCAAAUAACCAGUUACAUCAAUAAUGCCAGACCCAUAUAUUCUGCUGAACAUCCCAUGAAAUGUUUCCUUUAGUCAGAACCCUGCUUUGAGCCAGCAUUGUCAACUCCCUCAGUGCAAAAUCCCAUUCUGUGCACAUUUCAGCUGUACAAUUUCAGCUGAUAACCAUUAUUUUUUCCUCCAAAAUGUGGCAGGGGACAUGUGUGGACUGCUGCAUGGCUACUGCUUCUCUCCCAGAGUGAUCCUCAAGCAAAGGAUGCUGCCUGCUUGUGUAUGCUGUCGUAUUCACUGUCUGAAAUUAGAGACAUUAUGUGAGCAAAGCUCCUGAAGACCUCAGUGGAAGUUUUGCUGGCCCGAGGACUUGGGAAUGGCCUACAUUUGUUUGUAAAGCUUUCCAGUCCAUUGGGAUACAGGGAACUACUGUGUGCAAGCAUAAAAUUAUGACUGUGAGGCAAUACCACCAUGAGAGAAAAUUAUAUUAUAACUGCACUUAAAAGUAUGUUUAACACAAAUUAGUUCUAUCAAACUAACACCGAAGUUCUAGACUGCUGCAUCUGACUAAGGGAUCUGAAUGCCCCAGAUGCUUUUAAUUCGAGUGGGAAUGAGGGAUUUGAAUUCCGAAAACAGUGUUGAAUGUUUCAUCACUAACAUAGAACACACACACACAAAAAAAAAAUAAAGCAACUGGCUUUUCAAGCCUACAAAUUUGGCUAAAAGAAUUCUGGCAACAUCUUUUUAGACACAUCUUCCCAAGAAUACAGCCAUUAAAACUAGAGAUUCAGAAAAUCCUGAAAGUAUUCCAAGUCUUGAUGAAUUUUUUUUCAGAA